CCUGUGAAGAGCAGAACUCGAGAGUUUAGGGCCGUAGCUGGUUGCUGAGGACACGGACAACGAAGCCCCAGCAGCUGGGAAUCUCCUUCCACCACCAAUCCCGAAAGGAGGUUCCCCCAUCCCCCGCCUGCGGCCGGCUCCUCCUCGUCCUCCAUCCCACUGAAGCCCUGCGAGAUGCUGCGGCUUUGACUCCGCUCUUCCCCGCCCCUGUCACUGCAAGGGGGAGACCCACAGCCACCCGGCCGCCCCGCGGCGGAGGAGGAGGAGGACGAGGAAGACACGGUCCCGGCUCCGGCCCUGCCGGCACUCGCCACCAUGAGCAACAGCCAGCCGCAGCAGCAGCAGCCGCCUCCGCCGAGGAGAGUAACCAAUGUGGGUUCGCUGCUCCUUACCCCGCAGGAGAACGAGGCACUUUUCAGCUUCCUCGGCAAGAAAUGUGUGACUAUGUCUUCAGCGGUGGUACAGUUAUAUGCAGCAGAUCGAAAUGGCAUGUGGUCAAAAAAAUGCUGUGGUGUAGCGUGUCUUGUGAAGGACAAUCCACAAAGAUCUUAUUUUAUCAGAGUUUUUGAUAUCAAGGACGGGAAACUACUAUGGGAACAGGAGCUGUACAAUAACUUUGUAUAUAAUGGUCCUAGAGGAUAUUUUCAUACCUUUGCUGGUGAUACAUGUCAAGUUGGUCUUAAUUUUGCCAGUGAAGAAGAAGCAAAAAAAUUUCGAAAAACAGUUACAGACCUUUUGGGGCGUCGACAAAGAAAAUCUGAGAAAAGACGAGAUCCCCCAAAUGGUCCAAAUUUACCAAUGGCUACUGUUGACAUAAAAAAUCCAGAAAUCACAACAAAUAGAUUUUAUGGUCCACAAGUCAACAACAUUUCUCACACCAAAGAAAAGAAAAAAGGAAAAACAAAAAAGAAAAGAUUGACUAAAGCAGAUAUUGGAACGCCAAGCAAUUUUCAGCAUAUUGGACAUGUUGGUUGGGAUCCUAAUACAGGUUUUGAUCUGAAUAACUUAGAUCCAGAAUUAAAGAAUCUCUUUGACAUGUGUGGAAUCUCAGAGGCACAACUUAAAGACAAAGAAACAUCGAAAGUUAUAUAUGAUUUCAUUGAAAAAACAGGAGGCGUGGAAGCUGUUAAAAAUGAGCUACGAAGGCAAGGUAAUUUUUUAUUUUUAACUUACCCGCCACCCCCUCCUCCUCCCCCUGGGCCGCCUCCUCCUCCUGGGCCAUCCUCUGAUGGGGAUCACCAACUUGUGGCUCCUGUGGGAAACAAAGCAGCUCUCCUAGAUCAAAUCAGGGAGGGCGCCCAGCUAAAGAAAGUGGAACAGAACAGUCGUCCAGUGUCGUGCUCUGGAAGGGAUGCACUUUUAGACCAGAUACGACAGGGUAUUCAGCUGAAGUCUGUAGCUGAUGGCCAAGAUUCUGUGCCCCCUACACCUGCACCCACCUCAGGAAUUGUAGGUGCAUUAAUGGAAGUAAUGCAGAAAAGGAGCAAAGCCAUUCAUUCUUCAGAUGAAGAUGAGGAUGAAGAUGAGGAAGAGGAUUUUGAGGAUGAUGACGAAUGGGAUGAUUGAUCAAUAUAUAUUAUAUAUAUAUUUUUUAAGAUGAAAUACUAAACACUACUUUCUGUCUAUGGAUUCUGUAAAAUUAUCAUGUAAAUGUUCUACCAAUUUGCUGUAUAUUUUUGUUGCCUUUUGCUUUUUUUUUUAUUAAUCUGUGCAAUACCUCAUUUAAUCUGUAAAGGUUUGUCAUAAUCCUCUAAAAAGCUACUCCCUGUUACUGUGUGCAAGUUUACAUCAGGAUGCUCAGUUGACUUGUGAAUAUUGUUUAUUCCAUCCAUAAGGGAGUUUAAAUGUAAUAUGUGAGACUGACAAAAACCUUAUUGUAAUUUAGUUAUAAUGCAAGAAGGAAAAACACUAUUUUCAUACCCUACUUUUCUGUAUCUAAAUUUUCUUAUUAAAAAUCUAGUCUAGCACUACAUUCUUUUUAAGCAAUGCAGACAGUUUAUUUAACCCCUUCGUUUUGAAUACAAAGCUAUGUGAAUGUUGAGGCUGGUACAUUUGCACAGUUCUCAGAACAUCCCUACACUGAUGCAAUUUCUCACAUUUCAGCAAUAUGUUUUACAUAAAAUCACUACAAAAUGAUAGUUGUGAAAAAUCAAUCCACCUCUUAGAACAUAGCAGUAUUGUUUGCUGUUAGCCAGCAGCGGUCAUUAAAAGCUCAGAUUCCUAGAAGCCCUUCUGCACCUGGCAUAAACUGUGGCGUUGUGUUUAUGCUAUGACACGUUUAACAGCAUCCACCUGGCCAGCAGGCAAGCUUAAGGCUUUCAUUUUUCUUGUGAAUAAAGUCUCCAAGAUGUCGGA